AUGACGUGGUUUUCCUCGGACAGCUCUCUGUGCACGUGCGUGUGUGUCACACUCGCGUUAUGGUGGACUCAUCUCGUCCUCUUUGUCAUCGUGCCGGCUGUUCUCGGAGUCUCCUUUGGAAUACGCUCGUUUUACAUGAGAACUCUUCUAAAAGUAUUCAAGUGGGCGACGUCACGGAUAGAAACUGGAGCAAAGGAAAAGAAUGAGGAGCUGUACAAACCCGACUGCACUGGGAUAAUAGCAAAGGGGCGAGCGGCGCCCCUGCAGGAGCUCCGGAGCACUGCGGGUUCAGACUUUGAGUUGGCGGACGUCCUGUACUUCAGCCGCAGAGGAGCCGAGAGCAUCGUGGACGAUGAAGUGACCCGAUGCUUCUCCGCUCAGGAGCUGGAGACCUGGAAUCUCCUGACUCGAAGCAACUACAACUUCAGACACAUCAGUGUGAGAGUGACGGCGCUGUGGGGACUCGGAGUCCUGCUCAGAUACACCGUCAUACUGCCCCUCAGGGUGGCGCUGGCCGUCACUGGGAUCAUUCUGCUGAUCGUCUUGACGACACUCGUGGGGUUUUUACCUAAAGGAAAAUUUCGUUCGAGACUCAGUGAGGACGUCCAUUUGUUGUGUUAUCGUAUUUUUGUCCGAGCUCUGACGGCGAUUAUCACCUACAACAACCAGGAGAAUAAACCUCAGAAUGGCGGGAUCUGUGUGGCCAAUCACACGACUCCGAUUGACGUCAUCAUCCUGGCCAAUGACGGUUGCUACUCAUUGGUGGGGCAGGUGCACAGGGGGCUGAUGGGAGUACUGCAGAGGGCGAUGGUUAAAGCUUCGUCUCACAUCUGGUUUGAAAGAUCAGAAGCUAAAGACCGACAUCUAGUGGCCAAAAGACUUGGAGACCACGUGGCAGACAAAAACAAGCUGCCUAUUCUCAUAUUUCCAGAAGGGACGUGUGUGAAUAACACGUCAGUGAUGAUGUUCAAAAAGGGAAGUUUUGAGGUCGACUGCACCAUUUACCCAGUGGCCAUCAAGGAGUCCUCCUUAGAUCAACCCUCGAAUCAGGGAUUCCUGCUUAGACUGCCGAGUAUCCAAGUGUCCGAGUGUCCACCUCCGUGUUGGACCCUCGGGUGA